AUGGAGAGGGAGAACCGGCUUUGAAUACAAAUGAGCUGACACACAUGAUGAGGGCCCUCCCUCCCUUUCUCUCUGUUCCUCUCUCUCUCUCUCUCUCUCCCUCUCUCCCUCCCUCUUGCUUUCUCACACACAUGUUCUUGCUCUCCCCCCGAGCCUCCUCAUUGGAGUUAACGCCGCACACGAGGUGACUUCGGCCACUUGCUGUAUUAGCGUCGGCGGGGAGGUGAGCCUGUGGAAGACUUGGAGGCUGCCGCUGCCUCUCGCGCUCCACCGUGGACCAGGAGGGGAGAGCAGGGGGGGGGAGAGCAGAGGGAGGAGAGAGCGAGGAGACAGGCGGCCGCUUGGAAGGAGAUUUUUUCAACGCCACUUUGCCAUCAUCUGAUCUGACAUGGCCACCGCAUAGGAGUCUGGUGCCGCGGCGACUGUCAGCUCGGCGACGAGGAUACGGGAGACCGAAAGCUGGACGGAGGGACGUUCCGACGGACGGAGAGAGGGAUGGCUGGGGAGGAGAAGCCGGCUGUGAAGAGCAGCAGCUCCAUCGUCCCCUGCUUCCUGUUUGUGGAGCUGGUGAUCAUGGCCGGGACGGUGCUGCUGGCUUACUACUUUGAGUACACGGACACCUUCCCCGUGCACGUCCAGGGCUUCUUCUGCUACGACAAGACCUUCUCCAAGCCCUACCCGGGCCCCGACGACGCCAGCAAGAUCCCCCCCGUGCUCAUCUACUCGCUCGUCACCGCGAUCCCCACCCUCACGGUAAGAGUGCGUGUUCUAAAGUGUGCACGAGGAGGAAUGUCAGGUGGGGGGGGACGGAGCUCAGAGGAAGAAGUGGUCGGAAGUUGGGCCGAUGCGUUGGAGUUGGAGGUUGAGUGCUUGUGCGUCUUCUCCGUGCGCCCCGUGAGUUUUGGGAUGAAUCAUCUCUGGUGUGUGUGCCGCUCCGCCGAUCUCGGGAGCAGAUCGGCAAGCAGCAUGGACGUGACCCCCUGCAGCCCUGACAGGCAGGUGUGUGUGUGUGUGUGUGUGUGUGGAGAGGAAAGCACAGAGACGUAACCGGAACGGGCAGGC